CUGAAAACUGAUUCUGCUUCUCUUCAAAAAAGAAGCAGAAUCAGCGUUCCAAACACCCCCUUAUUUGUACGUAGAUUCCGCUUCUGCAAAUUCGUCACUUCUCUUCCACUCUCCACUCCGGCGGUAGAUGAAGCUCCUGCAUAAACUGUAAUUGGCCAACGCAUAAAAGGGAUGUCAUCGUCUUCAUCACCCGUUUCAGCACAAACUAUGGAGUCCCUAAUCCUCCAGCUUCACGAUAUCUCCGCCGUCAAGUUCGGAGAGUUCAAGCUCAAAUCCGGCAUCCUAUCCCCCAUCUACAUCGACCUCCGCCUCAUUGUCUCCUACCCAUCCCUCCUCCGUCAGAUUUCCCAGACCCUCACCGCCAUAGUCCCUCCUUCUGCUUCCACAUACGACCUUGUCUGCGGCGUUCCCUACACUGCCCUCCCCAUUGCCACCUGCAUCUCAACCUCGAACAAUGUUCCUAUGCUCAUGCGCCGCAAGGAGGUCAAGGACUACGGCACCGCCAAGGCCAUUGAGGGCGCCUUCAGCCCCGGCCAGGUAUGCCUCAUCAUCGAGGACCUUGUCACCAGCGGCGCCUCCGUUCUCGAGACUGCUGCCCCUCUUCGCGCCGCCGGGCUCAAUGUCACGGACGCCGUCGUCAUGAUUGACAGGGAACAAGGAGGUAGGGAAAAUUUGGCAGAGAAUGGAAUUGCAUUGCACUCCAUGGUGAAGUUGACUGAUAUGGUAAGGAUAUUGAAGGAGAAGGGAAGGUUGUCAGAUGAAACAGAGAAAAUGGUGAUGAAAUUCUUGGAUGAGAACAGGAAAGUGGCUGCACCUGCUGCAAAGGUAGAGAAAAAGGUUAAAUGCAGGAUACCAUUUGGGGAGAGGGCCAAAGUGGCUAAAAAUCCUACAGGGAAGAGGUUAUUUGAGAUAAUGGUGCAAAAGGAAACUAACUUGUGUUUGUCCGCUGAUGUUGCAACUGCGGCUGAAUUGCUUGAUUUUGCUGAAAAGGUUGGCCCAGAAAUUUGCAUGUUGAAAACCCACGUUGACAUAUUGCCUGAUUUCACCCCAGAUUUUGGCUCUAAACUUCGAUGUAUUGCUGACAAGCAUGGCUUCUUAAUCUUUGAGGACCGUAAGUUUGCUGACAUUGGCAACACUGUCACAAUGCAAUAUGAAGGUGGUAUUUUUCGUAUAUUGGAUUGGGCAGACAUAGUGAAUGCCCAUAUUAUAUCAGGUCCUGGAAUAGUUGAUGGGUUGAAACUGAAGGGUUUGCCACGUGGUAGAGGACUGCUGCUGCUUGCUGAAAUGAGUUCAUCUGGUAACCUUGCAAAGGGAGACUAUACAGCUGCAGCUGUGAAAAUCGCUGAGGAUCAUUCAGAUUUUGUGAUGGGCUUCAUCUCUGUCAACCCUGCAUCAUGGCCCACUGGGCCUGGUAGUCCAGGUUUGAUACAUGCAACUCCCGGCGUGCAGCUUGUGAAAGGCGGCGACUCUCUUGGCCAGCAAUACAACACCCCACAUUCUGUGAUUAGUGAACGAGGUAGUGACAUAAUUAUAGUUGGGCGUGGAAUUAUAAAGGCUGCAAACCCUGUAGAGGCAGCUAGGGAAUACAGGCUUCAAGGCUGGAAUGCAUAUUUGACUGACUGUAGUUAAGAAAGGAUGCUAUUUGUUAUGUUACGAACUCAUCCAUCAACCAUGUUUUUCCCUUCUAAUUUAUUGCCUAUGACACCAUUUAGACACCUGGCUCAACUUUUUGAAUUAAUAAAUAUAGAAUGGCGGGUAGAUAAUUUUCUCUGCCUCGGAUGAUGAAUAAUCUAUAAAAUCCAGA